CCUAACCGAUAGGAGAGUCCCCAAACCCUUGACCGAGACCCCGCUUGAAUAUGGCGCUGGCAAAGUUGGAGGCCAAAGACCGUCCGACAUGAGCUCCUCUGCGUGUCAGAUUGGCUAGGCCCAUGUGCCACGUUCCAAGCUCAGGGACCGGACUGCAAUUGAAUGUGUCGAAUCCCGGACCUCGACAACUGGCCAUGCGCGUGAUUCAGCCCUAUGAGCUUUCUCCGCUAAAUCCGCCCGUUAGUCCCGACCAGCAGCCCAGUCGCUGCACGUUUCAAGCUAAGCCCCAACCCUGGAAAAGUCCACUUUCCAAUCUCGUCAGGCACCUGAUGGGCGAGGUCGUGGUCUCGCUCACAGACCCCUGAAUGAAUGAGCGACACUACGAUGGCGUUGCCGACUCUGGACCAGGUCAUUUUCCCCGAACAGGCCAACCACAACUUCUCGCGCAUUUUGGGCGACCUCAAGCGGGCCAACCUGUCCAUCACCAACCGGCUCAACAGCAUUUGCCACGAUGCGGCCUUUGUCGCCGAGGUCGCCGACGCGCUGAAGCUGCCGCUCGUAGCUAAUGAGCGGUGCGGGAGCUGGUAUAUCGAUUCCUCGCGGAAGGUCGCGUCGGCGUACUUUAAAAGCACCGAUGGGCAUACCGGGCAGUGGAAGUUUAGUACGAGGAGGUUGAAUCUACAUUUGUUAGGUCUGAUUGGGAAGCACGAUGGCUGCAUUAUAGUCGACUCAACACGCCGUGGCAAGCGCAUGCCCGACGCGCUAAGCAAGACGGUCCCAACCUGGUGCGCCGUCCUCAACCGCGCCCUCUUCCCCUCCCACCCAUACCCGUCGUCAGCACACGCCCUCUUCACGCCGCCGGACACUGUCUCUCCCUCGGAAGCGAGCCAGAUCACUGCCCUCCUGCCCUCGUUCGUCUCAUCUUUCCUGGCGCUCAACCUCGACCUCGCGCCACUGCGCGCAAGCCUGCAAAAACCGAUCCGGCCGGUGUGGAUUACGCCCGACGACGGCGAUCCUCGCCUGCUCGCUGCUGAUGAGCGCAUGUUGGCAAGGGUGAGGGAGGAGGGGUUCCACCCUGUGCUGUGCUGCACUGCUUCAAGGAAGGUGGUUGGGGCUGAGAUGGCCGAGGGCGGGUAUAUCCAGGGGGCCGGGGACGAUACCGAAAACUGGGCGCGGGGGCUCACGGCGGAGGUGUUCUGGCGGUGGAGGGAGGAAUUGCUUGCUACGCCCGAGGGCGACUUGCCUGAGUUGAUUGCUGAAUUGUUGAAGAGGGAGGAGACGGAAAGGAAGGGGAAGGACGAAGGUUUGAAGGAGGUGGUGGAGAGGAUCUUUGUGGGGAGGCUUGGGGCGCGGGUGGAUGAGGGUGCCUGCGUGGUAAGGCUGGUGCCCGAAAUGACCGACAGGAAGGGGUGGGUCAAGGGAAAGAGGUGUUUGGAGGUGGGAAUUGGGAAGGGAAAGGGCGCGAGCCGAGUCUUGAGGGACGCACUGCCAAAAAUCUGUGAAUUUGUGUUGGCUUACUUGAGGAGGCCUGAGACCGGGGAGGACGAGGCUCCGAGGAAGGUGGUGGUGCUGUGCGAAUCUGGAAAAGACUUGUCUGUUGGCGUCGCCCUCACGGUGUACUGCUGGUGCUUUGACGACGACGGAAAGGUGCGGCCGGAUGAUAGCGAGGUGUCAUUCAACAAAGCUGCGAUUCGGGUCAGGCUGGGGCACAUAGUGACCGCACACCCCGAGGCCAACCCUAACAGAGCAACACUGCAGAGUGUAAACAGCUUCUUGAUGGACUGGCGGAAAUAA